AGUUCAAUUUUGUAAAGUGCAAAGAGAGGAAGUUGUACCCACUAACAAUGGGGCUGACCAGGAAUCACAAAAUUGGUUUAGGAGCUGUUAUAGUUGUUGCAAUAGUGGGAUUGACCGUUGGAUUAGUGCUCGGCUUGGAUGACUCUGGUGUGAAGAAUGAGGAAGGUCGUUCCUUUACGAUCGAUUACGAUCGAGAUACUUUUGUGAUGGAUGGCAAAGAUUUCCGUUACGUGGCUGGUUCUUUCCACUACUUCAGAGCAUUGCCGCAAACAUGGCGUACGAAGCUGAAGACAUUGCGCGCUGGAGGACUAAAUGCUGUAGACUUGUACGUGCAGUGGUCGUUGCAUAAUCCGAAAGAGAACCAAUACGUGUGGGACGGAAUUGCCAACAUCAAGGAUGUCAUUGAAGCUGCUAUCGAGGCCGACCUGUAUGUCAUCUUGAGACCGGGGCCUUAUAUUUGCGCAGAGAUUGAUAACGGCGGCUUACCGUACUGGCUGUUCACGAAAUAUCCAGGAAUUCAGGUUCGCACUAGCGAUGCCAACUACUUGAAAGAGGUAGCAACUUGGUACGAAAAGCUGAUGUCUCAGUUGACCCCGUAUAUGUAUGGCAAUGGAGGCCCAAUUAUCAUGGUACAGCUGGAAAAUGAGUACGGAGCGUUUGGAAAAUGUGACAAACCCUAUCUGAACUUCUUAAAAGAAGAAACGGAAAAAUACACCCAGGGAAAGGCAGUGCUUUUCACAGUGGAUAGACCGUAUGGAAACGAAAUGGAAUGCGGUCAAGUUCCUGGAGUUUUCGUCACAACUGACUUCGGUUUGAUGACAGACGAAGAAGUUGAUACACAUAAAGCAAAACUGCGCUCAGUUCAGCCCAACGGACCUUUGGUGAACACUGAAUUCUACACGGGAUGGUUGACACAUUGGCAAGAAAGCAAUCAGCGUAGACCUGCUGAACCUCUUGCCAACACUCUGCGAAAAAUGCUUCAUGAUGGGUGGAAUGUUGAUUUCUAUAUGUACUUUGGAGGAACCAAUUUUGGAUUUUGGGCGGGUGCCAACGAUUGGGGCCUUGGAAAAUAUAUGGCCGACAUCACAUCGUACGACUACGAUGCCCCCAUGGACGAAGCUGGUGAUCCCACAAUGAAGUAUACAAUCUUCCGAAACAUCAUUGGAGAGUACAUUGAACUACCGGCUGUACCGGUACCUGAUAGGGCACCAAAAAUUAAGCACAACCCUGUACAACUGACUAGCGUGGACAAUAUUUUGUCCUCAAGCUCUAGAAAUCUCCUUGGAUCACCCGAACGUAAGUCCAACCAGCUGAUGACUUUUGAAGAACUGGACCAAAAUUCCGGCUUUGUACUGUACGAGACUACGUUGCCGAAGUUGACUCGAGAUCCCAGCCAGCUGACUAUCAACGAUUUGCGAGAUAGGGCUCAAGUUUACGUCGAUGAGUUUUACGUCGGGACCUUAUCGAGAGAAAACGCUAUAAAUAGUCUUCCAAUUUCUGCUGGAUGGGGCUCGAAGCUUUCAAUUCUGGUUGAGAACCAAGGUCGAAUAAACUUCGACGUUCUGGAUGAUUAUAAGGGCAUCCUUGGCAACGUGACCAUCCAAAUUUAUAACGAACCUUACUACGAGGAGCUGUCGGAUUGGACCAUCACCGGUUAUUCGUUUGAAAACUUCGACAAACUAAAGCAGUUAGCUGAUACAGUAACCGGUGGCCAAGGAGUGAAUGGACGAGGUAUGGCAAUCCAUGGCCCGGUUAUAUUCAAGGGAAAUCUCAUUAUUGAUAGCAGCCCUAUUCGUGACACGUACAUCGAUAUGACUGGCUGGGGAAAAGGCUUCAUUAUGGUAAAUGGCUUCAAUCUAGGACGAUAUUGGCCAGUAAUUGGACCUCAAGUGACGACAUAUCUACCGAAGGAACUGUUGAAUGAAGGCUCGAAUGAAAUCAUUCUAGUAGAGCAGCAAAGAGCUCCAACCGAUAAACUAAUCCAUUUUACUGAUAGCGCAAUUCUCGAUGAGGCCUAAUUUAAUACGGUUUUCGUAAAUUAUUGGUACAACAUUUCUAGAAGAAGAAGAACGAGAUGUAAAAUUUUAGAAUGCAUUCCAGGUUUCCAGUGGAUACUCCACAAACAUCGUUUAUCAGAAGAUGAGCAAAAUAAAAUCCUCAUCUGCCAUGUA